AUGGAGUCAAAUAAUGAGGGUAUAAAUAAUCAUCAUACAUUAUUUCACGAAUCAGUAUUUAAAGACCCCUCAAGACAUCAUUUUUAUGAAAAAGAAAGAUCUAUUUCUCCACAACAUCAACAAUCUAUAAAUCAAGACAAUGAUCACAAAUCAAUUGAAAUACAACCAUCAAAUUUAAAUCAACCUGUUAUUAAUACUGUCCCCAGUACUCCAGAUUGUAAACAUGAUGUAAAUAAAGAUGAUUUAACUCAAGAUACAGAACAUGUUGAACGACCCAAACCAUAUACAAUUCAAAAACCAAACGAUUCUACAUCUCCAAGUUAUAACGAUCAAACUUCCUCAUAUAGAAGUUUAGAAGAACAAAUAGAUUUAAGACUAGCGUCACUGAAUAAUCCAACUAUAAUUAUGGAAUUAGAUCUUGAUGGAAAUAUUCGAUAUUUAUCUCAAAAUUGGGAAUAUAUAGUGGGAACAUCUGUUAAAAAAAUAGUAAAUCAUCCAAUUUCAAAAUUAAUAAUAGGAAGUAAUGAUGAUGAUUAUCAAGUAUUUAAAAAAGCAAUUGAUUCAAUGAUUUUUGAUGAUGCAAGUUAUAAAGUUAAAUUUAUAACAGGUACAAAUCGUACAAGACAUGAAAAUAAUGGUGAAGAAAUUAGAGGUGAUGUUGAAGAAAUUUUAGGUAAUCAUGCCGACGUAGAUUUACAAGGUCAAUUAACUCCUCAUAAUUCAUUUGAAAACCUUCAAGAUAUAAAUUUACCAAUUGAUGAUUAUGUUCCGAUACAACAAAGUCAAGUUAUUACAAAUGAACCCAAGGAUUCUGACUCUUUAUCCAGAGCUAGCUCGUUAUCAUCAAAAUUAUCAAAUGAUGGAGAUUUUAUUGAAUUAGAAGCUCAAGGUAUAUUAAUACAUGAUACUCAAACUAAAGUACCAAAUCAUUCAAUGUGGACCAUUAGACCUUUUGUUCAUAUAGACUUAGACUUAUCUAUACCGUUGGCAUUAAUUGAUUUAUUAGGUUUUGGUUCAGAAAUUUUUGAAGGAUAUUUAAUGAACCUAAAAAAUUUAGGAAUUUCAGAAGAAGAAAAUGUACCUCAACCUAAAACCAUAUUAUGUAGAAUUUGUGAAAAUAAUAUUCCAGCUUGGUUCAUUGAAAAACAUUCAGAUCUUUGUAUAAUAGAGCACAGAGCAGAUGAACAUUUACAACAAUGUCAAGAUUCAAUUGUUGAACAAAGAGAUUUAAUUAACAAAAUUAUUGAAAGUUUAGAAUUUCAAGCUCAAUUACCUUUAUUUCAACUGAAUCAACAAUCUUCAUCAAAUCAACUACAAUCAUCUUUGUCACUGUCACUGUCUCCAAAACUGAUACUGCCCACAACUUCAUCGCAUCUGUCUAUGUCACUGAGUUCUUCAGAUGAUGAGGCAAAUCCAUCAUCACAAUUAGUACAUGAAUAUAAAGGUAUCCCCUUACCUCAAGUAACUUCAUCAGAAUCAUCAUCUCCAAGGUUGGCAAACAAAGUAUUGUCUAAAAAUUUCCAUGCAAGAAAUAAAAGUUUGAUGUAUUCUAAAAAAUUUCCAUUUGGUCCAAUGCAAAAAAUUAAAGAAAUAUGUGAUGAAGCUAUAUUGAUAAAUCCACCAUCUACAACAAAUAAUAACAAUGAUAAUAAUUUGAAUUAUAUUUCUUUUUCCCCUAGUUCUGAAAAAUCUUUAAAUUUUGUUAUCAAUCCUACUACAAUUGAAACUUCAGAUUUAGCAAUACGGCAAAUAUUAGAAGAUACAAAAGUUUUGGUUAAUGAUAAAUUGGAAAGUUUAUCAAGAUUGACUUCGAUAUUACAAUACCUGGCUAAAAUUAAAAAAGAAGUUGAUUUAUUAGUAUUGGAAACUGUUAGAGAAACUGUUGAAAAAAUCCGAAAUCAAACUGCUGCAAAAUUAUCAAGAAGCUGCACACCAAGUGAAUUUUUAGGAACUCCAGAUGAAUUACCUCCAUCAUUGGAUUUAGGAAAUCAACAAAUAAAUCAACAGGAUCAACAACAUCAAAGUAGAAAUAAAAGUAAGCUGUCGUUAGAUUUAGAUGUUCCAAAAAUGGUCGCUCCAAAGCCUUCAAGAAGUAAGAGUCCUAUGGAUUUACUAGCAGAUAGGUCUCAAGAUAAUGUUCUAACGCCAAAAGAUUUUUUGAUAAAAGAUUCAAAGGAUUAUUCAGGAAACUCAUCUAAUUCAUCACUAAUGCCAAGUCCAAGACAAAAUUUCAGUAUGAUGGUUAAUUCACAACAACAACAACAACAAUUAGGACCAGAUCCAAGUCGGUCAUCAUCCAAAGAAUUAUUAGAAAAUUUUGAUAAUUCAAGAAAAUCUUCUGGUAAUAAUUCAAAUUACUCAUCUCCAAGAAGAUAUUUAUCACCAGCACCAUACAAUGAAAAAAAUAAUUUAACUUCAUUACAAAGAAGUAACACCAUAAAAUCAUCACCAAUCUCAUCACCAUUAGUAGAUGCUACUCAAAGUGUCGGUCUGCAACAUUCAGAUAAACGUAUUACAAAAUUAUCAUUAGACACUACAAGUCAACAACAAUCUUUCACUGCAGAUUCACCAUCACAAUCUCAAUAUACACCUGGAAGUCAAAAAAGCUCAAUCACCAGACCACCAUUAUCUCCAUUACUUGUCUCAACUCAACAACCAUCAUCUAAACCAACUACAAUUAAAGAUUACGAAGUUGUAAAACCAAUAAGUAAAGGAGCAUUUGGUUCAGUAUUUUUGGCUAAAAGAAAAUUGACAGGAGAUUAUGUGGCAAUCAAAUGUUUACGUAAAAGAGAUAUGAUAGCUAAAAAUCAAGUAUUGAAUGUUAAAUCAGAAAGAGCAGUAAUGAUGAGACAAUCUGAUUCUCCUUAUGUUGCACAAUUAUAUUCAAGUUUUCAAUCAAAAGAUUAUUUAUAUUUAGUUAUGGAGUAUCUAAACGGUGGAGAUUGUGGAAAUUUAAUAAAAGCUUUAGGUACUUUGGGAUCAGAGUGGUCUGCCAAAUAUAUAGCUGAAAUAAUAGUAGGGGUAAAUGAUUUACAUCUGAGAGGUAUAAUUCAUAGAGAUUUAAAACCUGAUAAUAUUUUAAUUGAUAAAGAUGGUCAUUUGAAACUAACUGAUUUUGGGUUAUCAAGGUUGGGUGUUGUUGGAAGACAAACCAAUCAUAGGAAGAGUAGUACCAAUGAACAAAGUGUUGAGUUAUUUAGAAGUAUAUUUGGAAGUGGUGGUAGUGGAAGUGCUGGUAGUAUUGGAGGAGGUGAUCGAGGAAGUAAUAGUGGUUCGAUCUCAGCAGGAACUGGGUUUGCAAAUGAUGAUCCUUAUCAAAGAAGAAGAAAAAAUUCACUAUCUUCUUCAGUUUUACUUUCUCCAACUUUAGAAAAUUCUAAAUUAAGUCAAUCUCAAUCUACCACAACCGGUUUACAACCAACAAAUUCUCCAACUUUAGCAUUUUUAGAAAGUUUUGGUAAUGUACCAUCAGGUAGAUUUAAAAAUGGUGCUAGGUCCAAUUCGAAUAAUCUUGAAUCCCCAUUGUUGAAACCAAUUAUUCCAAGAACAGCUUCUGAAUCGUCAUUUGCAAUCAUAGAUGAUGAAAGUCCACAAACUCCAGUAACUAAUUAUGCAUUAUAUCAUCCCAAAAUUACUAAUGAAUUAAAAACCGGUUCUGAAGGUGGUGUAGAUUCUAGUUAUAUUGCUGAUGGAGCAGAAAUUAAAAAAUUUGUUGGAACUCCAGAUUAUUUAGCACCUGAAACAAUUGAGGGUAUUGGUCAAAGUGAAGCUUCUGAUUGGUGGUCAAUAGGAUGUAUUUUGUUUGAAUUUUUGUAUGGGUAUCCUCCAUUUCAUGCAGAUAGUCCUGAAAAAGUUUUUGAUAAUAUAUUACUGGGCGUUAUUCAAUGGCCAGAUUUACCACCUGAAGAAGAUUUACAAUUUUGUUCACCUGAAGGUAAAGAUUUAAUAAUGAAGUUAUUGACUUUAAAUCCUGAAGAUAGAUUAGGUUCAAAUGGAACAAUAGAAAUUAUGCAACAUCCAUUCUUUCAAUGUAUAAAUUGGGAUACAAUUUUUGAUGAACCUGCACCAUUUGUACCUAAUCAAGAUGAUCCAGAACUGACAGACUAUUUUGAAUUAAGAGGAGCAGCUAUGGCACAAUUUCCAAGAGAAGACUCAUCAUCAGACGAAGAGAAAGAGAAAGAGAAAGAACAACAAAACAAAACUGUUGAACGACGUGAAUCACUAAAUUCAUUGCAAUUACCUCCAUCAACUUCUGCAAGUCAAGCAUUAGGUAAAAAAGAACGUCGUUCAAGUAAAUUAAGUGAACCUGGAGAAUUUGGAUCAUUUCAUUUUAGAAAUUUAUCAGUGUUGGAGAAACAAAAUAAAGAUGUUAUAAAUAGAUUAAAAUCAGAGCAUUUAGAACAUAGAAAUAGUUUUUCAUCUUCAUCACUGGAAAGUACUCCAAAAAUUAGAUCUAGAGGCUUCUCAUUUGGUAAUCCUAAUACAAGUGGUAGUGGUGGUAGUGGUAGUUCAGGUUUGAAUGUAUCAAUUCCAAAUACUGGUUCAAGUCCAUUUAAAAGACCAAUUUCUCCACCAAAUAUAAACUUUGGAUCACCAAUUAAUUCAAAUAUGAGAUCUUCAUCUCCUCAUAGAUCAUUUGAUAGUCCAAUUAUGCCAGUUUCAAAACAUGAAAGAAUACCUUCAACAGUUAGUACCUAUUCUCUGGGUGAUGAAUUUAAUCAAGAAUCUCCAAAUGCAUCGACUAAUUUUUAUCAUCAAAGAUCAACAAGUUCUUCACAUAUGCCAAUAUCAACAAAAUCUUCAAAAGGAUCAAAUGCUAAUGCUACUCCAACUUCAACUCCAACAGGUUUAAAUCCAUCAAUUUUUCAACAAUAUAAUUUAAAAGAAUAUUGUUCGGCAAAUUCAUCAGAUUCUGAUGAUACAACCAGAUCAAAUGCAUUAUUAAGAGUUCAAAGAAGAAGAGAAGGUUCAAGAAUGUCAGACCCAGUUUUAAUUAAAAAUGAAUUAGAUGUUUUAUAUUGUGAACCAGUAUCAGUUGUACGUCAUCAAGUUGUUAAGCUUUUGGAAAAAUCAAAUUGUAUAGUAGUUUCAAUAUCAGAUGGUGAAGAAUUAAUUAAAAGAGCAACAAGUCAAGUAAAAUUUGAUUUUAUAAUGACUGGAUUAAGAUUAUCAAAAGUUGAUGCAAUGGAUGCUGUUAAAUUAAUAAAAUAUACUACUGGAAAAAAUUCAACAACUCCAAUAAUUGCUAUAACUGGAUUAGGUGAUGAAGCUAAAAAAGCUGGAUGUUUUGAUUAUAUUAUUGAAAAACCAGUUAAUUUAGAUCAAAUUAAAAAAUGUUUAAGUAAAUUUUCUAAUGAUGAAGCAGUUAUUGAUUAA